CACCGUCGACGGCGGUGAAAGGCUCGAGAUCUCGCUGGGUGAGAAGACAGUCCUUGUCAUUGACGUCUGGCAGAUUCGAGGCGGAGUCAACGUUGGCCGUGGAUGUCUGUGGGGAGGGAUGGCUGCGACGGGCAGAGCUGUUCUUGAACUCUGCGGACGGCUUGGGGUUGAUUUCUUGGCUGGGAUGGGGCGGAGGAGAUGAGAGUGAGUUGGUCUAAGGAGAAGAUGAGCUACAUUCGUUGCUGGAUUGCGCUUCUUCUUGAUUCUCGAACGUCUUCAGGAUACGCAGAAUAUACCAAUGAUGAUGUUCCGCAUCAAACCCAUACCACCUCACUAUCGUCCCCCGUUCUCCUCCAGCGCCCCAAGCAUGACCUCUUUGACUCUCCUCGAUGGUGAGGACGAUAGGGCAAAACCCAGGUAGGUGGUGCACGCGUGGCUAGUGCUGAGCGUAAAGAGCUCGCGCCCGAGGGAGCAGGAGAGGUUGCAGGUGGAUUUGAGGGGAGAGAUGUGCACGGCGGGAGGGAUGGGUCUGAGUGAGCAUCGGUCCGACGAUGCAUUUGCAGUAGCGUUAGGUUUGCGGUCGGGGCUGGGUGCCAGGGAGCGGAAGCCGGUGGGUGAGAAGGAGUUAGAAGGGCGACAGGUAGCGGGGACGAAGAGAAGGAAAUUUAUUGAACUUGCCGCUCAUACAUUUGGAGAGCUUCGUGAACUCGCACUUCAACUUGGUAGUUAACUUGGUAGUGUCGGUGUCGACCAUGAUCAGAGAGUUCGUAGCUCAGGCUGUCUCGCCUCCCGCUGACGUUGAUCAUGAUCAUGCCAUUCGUUUGACGUGAAGUUCUGAGCCCUCGAGUGACAUGUAAGUGGAUACGGUCUGGUUCGCGAAGGCGCCGGCGACAUCGUCGACGAUGUGGUGCAGAAUGUUGUUCUCAAGGACGGGUUUGGAGGACGAGGGCGGGAGGCGGUCGCUCACGGAUACGUCGAGACAUUGAAAUUGUUACGCGAGAGCAGGAGUGCCGUGCGUGGGGGUGGUCUUCAGGACGUUG